AUGAGCACACGAACACCCUCACGGCGGCUCGCGCAGUCGGCCCUCGCCCUCCGCCCCCAAUGCACACAAUGGACCAGCCUCCCUUCACUCGCACGGCGCAAUGCAUCGACCAAACCCUCAACCGCCAACGAUGACCUCUCCAACCCCCUGCUGGAGAAGUACCUGCAGCAGCGGGAAUCCGAGCGCGCCGCAGCAGAGGCAGACCGGUCCGAGCAGACCGCCGGCGCCCCGAAGAAGCCGUCCACCACACUGCGUGACGGAGGCUCCUUCACCGCCCCCUCGCCGCUCUUCAACCCCGAGCGCCUGAUCCCCGGAUGGCGCAAGGACCUCGCCCCAACCGACAAGGCCGCGCUCAAGGCACAGGCCGAGCAGCGCAGACUGGCCGUCCAGAAGGAGGAGGAGAAGCGCCUGCUCGACGUGAACCUCGACCCCGCCCCCGCCGCCCGCCGCCGCCUCGAGCGCAAGCUCGUCAUCAAGGGCCUCUCCAAGCACGGCCGCAUGACCAAGGCCGCAAAGAUCCUCCGUACCGAGCGAUCCUCGCUGUACAAGUCAAACUUCCUCCCCACCUCGGUCAAGAAGAUGACCAAGAUCCUGAACCAGAUCCAGGGCAAGACCGUCUCCGAGGCCCUUGUCCAGCUGCGCUUCUCCCCCAAGAAGAUUGCCCGCGACAUCUACAAGGGCCUCAUCAUCGCCCAGGACGAGGCCAUUGCCGCGCGAGGCAUGGGCCUGGGUGACAGGAACGCCUUGAAGAAGUGGAUCGAGCAGAGGAACGAGGUCGCUUCCACCCUGGCCAACCUCGACGAGAAGACGCCCAAGACAAAGGGCGCCACCCAGCUCAUUGAGCUCAAGGACGGCAAGAAGAAGCUCGUCACGGACGCGACCGAGAUCUACAUUGACCAGGCCUGGUGCGGGAGGGGCGAGAGCUGGAAGAGCCCCGAGUUCAGAGCGAGAGGAAGGGUGAAUAUGCUGACACACCGAACAACCAGCUUCUCCUUCCUGCUCAAAGAAGAAAAGACACGGAUGCGCAUCUCGGACGAAAUCAAGAAGAAGCGCGACAACCGCAAGCUGUGGGUCGCCCUGCCCGACCGACCCAUCACAGCGCAGAGGCAGUACUGCCUGUGGUAG